GUGUGAUGACGGAAAUACUGUUUGUGUUUGAGUUGUAUUAUGACUGCGCUUAGAUCGCACGCUAUAAAUACGCGUUAUUACACAUAUAAGUGGACAAGAAAACAAAGAAACUCUGACUGUGGCUGCGAUUUAAUCGUAAACAACAGAUCCUGCUACGAUGGAUGAUAUCUACACACUGCAGCAGGAAGUGGGCCGGGGAAGCUAUGGAGUAGUCUUCAAGGGGCGCGUCACUGAGACUGGCUGGUGGGGCGCAAAGGGCGACACAGUAGCCAUCAAACGCCUGCCAUGCUGUAGCCCAGAGAGCAUAGAGCUCUACCUGCAGGAACUAUGGGCUAUGAGAAUCACAGCACGAAACCACCCCAAUGUCAUCGCUCUCUACAACUGCCUCUUACAGACCGGCCCUCGAACACUGCAGCCCCUCAGAUCAAGCAGGCUGCCUUUGGAUUUGGUGGAGAGUGCUCUCAAAGGGAGAGUUGUGGACAAAGACUCCAAAACCCAAACAAGGAAUGCCUCCAGGUCAAAGAGGAGACUGAUUUCCAAAGAGGAGGUUCCCAGGCGCUGCUUCGCGCUUUGGUUGGUGAUGGAGUACUGCGAGGGUGGAGAUUUAGGCCAGUAUAUUCUGUCCAGGCCGCCGGACGCUGAAUGCAAUAAUGCUGUGGUUCGGCAGAUCUGCAGUGCCAUUGCAUUUCUGCAUGAGCAUGGGAUAGUGCACCGGGAUCUAAAGCCAGAUAAUGUUCUCGUCUGUCUUACUAAAGAAGGACCAGUCAUGAAGGUGGCAGACUUCGGCCUCAGUAAGAUGGUGGACAAUCCUACGGAUGGUGUUCAGAGCAGACUGGCUCUGUCCUCUACGUGCGGCUCAGACUUCUACAUGGCUCCAGAAGUUUGGGCAGGUCGUAGUUAUACAGCCCAGGCUGACAUCUUUUCACUGGGUGUGCUUUUCUGGGCUGUGCUGGAGAGAAUCACUUUCUUAGAAGACGGCACCAAUCAAGAACAGCUGGGUGCAUAUGUGAUGCGGGGCCGCUGGCUCUCCCCAUUAGCUGAAGCUCUGUGUGAGAAUCCAGACCUGCAGCUGAUCAUCCCUAUGAGGACUCGACGAGCUCCUCCACUGCCCCCACCUCCAAACCCUUCAAUGUGUGAGCUUCUGCUGGACAUGCUGGAUGUUGACCCAGACGCCCGGCCCACCGCAGACCAGCUAGAGGAGAGGGUCCAAUGUGCUUUAAAGCUGGACUGAUCUCAACGUUUU